AUGCAGUCGCACACCGACUGCGCAGGUGUCAACAGAGAGGGCCCCCGCAACCCCCUAGUCUCCUUUCAGCAGCAGCUUCCCUCUCCACUCGGCCCCACACCGCAGCAGCAGCAACAGCAAUUGCUGCUGCUGCUGCAGCAGCAACAGCAGCAACACCUUGCUUCCUGCGGCACCCCUUUUAGGGCCACCCCUACCUUUGCUGCCCUUGCGCCUGGAGUUGCUACGUUACCUCUACAAAUCCAGCAGCAGCAGCAGCAGCAGCAACUGCAGCAGCAACUACAACAAUUACAGCAGCGCCAAGCGCAGCAACUGCAACAGCAGCAACUGCAGCAGCAGCAUCUGCAGCAGCAGCAACUGCAGCAGCAUCAACUGCAGCAGCAUCAACUGCAGCAGCAGCAACUGCAGCAGCAGCAACUGCAGCAGCAGCAACUGCAGCAGCAGCAACUGCAACAGCAGCAACUGCAGCAGCAGCAACUGCAGCAGCAGCAACUGCAGCAGCAGCACUACCAACUGCAGCAGCCAUUGCAUCAACAGCAGCAGCUGCAGCAGCAGCAGCCAUUUCAGCAGCAGAGGCAGGAAGUGCAGCAACCAGUGGACCCACUGCAGCAGCAGGAGCAGGUGCCAUUGCUGCAGCAGCAGCAGGUGCCAUUGCAGCAGCAGCAGCAGCUGCAGCAGCAACUGCAGCAGCAGCAGCAAGUGCAGCAGCAGCCCCAACGUCUGCUUCAACCUUCUAUCGCUGCCUCCAGUUGCGAGGCCCCCACAGGAUGUCAGGGGCCCCCGAACCCACAGAUGGGGGCCCCAGGGGCCCCUGCCGGGGCCCCAUUGGCCCCCUGUGGGGCCCCUGUGCAGAGGGUAAGAGAAGAGACGGCUGCAGCAGCCCUCUCAUCUGCCUUAGAAACAACUACAGCCGCUGAACCAAGCAGCAGCAGCAGCAGCAGCAGCAGCUGUAGCAGCAGCAGCAGCAGCGUCGGGGAGACCCAGGCUCAAGCUGCUGGGGCCCCGCAGGGCCCCCUUAUUUCACAGCGAAUGGCAGCGCAGCUGAAUCCCUUUGACAAGCCUCCUGCUUCAGCAGCAGCUGCUCCUGCUGCUGCUGCUCCUGCUUCUGCAGUUCCCGCUGCAGCAGCAGCAGAGGAGGGCCCCCUCCCCAGUACGGAUCCCACUCAUUGUGGAGCGCUGCCUUUUGCUGCCGGGCAGCAACAGCAGCAGCAGCAGCAGCAAAACAGGCAGUCGUUGCUGCAGCAGUUGCAUCAGAAUGAGCAGAUGCAGCAGCAGAUAUUGCGAAGUCUGCAGCAGCAACAGCAGCAGCAGCAGCGGUGGAGGCAUCUCCUAGAAGCUUGUCAAGAGGGGCCUGCAGCAGUUGGGGGCCCACCAUUAACCCUCCCCUCUCCUGCGAUCCCCUCUUUGCUUCCUGCUGCUGCAUCGCAGCAGCACCAGCAGCAGCAGCAGCAGCAGCAGUUCGCCUUGCAGCAAGGAUGGGCGGCACCUCCAGCACGCGACACAGUGGGGGCCCCCUGGGCCCCUCCCACCAGCAGCAGUCUUCCGGCUGCUGCUGCAGCCGUUUCGGGUGUAUGGACACCAGAGGAGGGCCCCAGCAGGUUGUGGGGUGGUGCGUCAGCACCCUUCCAUCAGCUGACGGUGCCGGGUACCUCCCCUGUGGGGCCCCCGGCGGCAGCAGCAACAGCAACAGCAACAGCAACAGCAACAGCCUCAGGGUCGCUGAGUGUGAAAAGUGAGAACAUCAACACCGGAGGUACAGGAGUUGUUUCUGCUUCUGCUGCUUCAGCAGGAGCAGCAGCAGCUUCAGCAGCAACAGCAGCAGCAGCAGCAGCAGGAGAGGGUUUCUGCGGUGAGGGUGACACUGCAGCUUCUGCUGCUGCGCCCCCAUAUACAAAGGGGGGCCCCCGCCGCCGUGGCGGCCGUCGAGUUUGUGGGCGAAGGGGGGCCCCCCAGGUGUACCCUAAAGAAGGAAGGGGGCCCCCCUUCAGCAGCAGCAGGAGCCCCCCUGUUGCUCGCGGUGCUGCAUGCACAGUGCUGGGGUUUGGGGCUGCUAUGCCGCAGCAGCAGCAACUCACGAAGGUCCCUUCAGUAGGGUUAUUGAAUUUGGGUGGCGGGAGUUGUUUUUUAAAUGUCGUGUUGCAGUACUUAGCUCAUGUGCAGCCAUUGAGGGAUUUUUACCUCAAUUACUCUAAAAUGUUACCGCCUUCAGAUCUACUGGGGAGGCAGUAUGAAGCCUAUACGACUUACCUUGAGGCCUCGCGGCAGCACUUUAAACGCUUAAAACGAGGCCCCCACCAUCUCAUUCAUACUCCUACUUACACCACCUCUGUUACAUGGGAGCUUGCGGUUGUUAUCAACCACAUGUGGAGGUCCCCCAGCACUGUUCGCUUUAUAAAGCCCGAGGCGCUGUACCAAGUGUGUUGCAGAAUAAUGCCAGACUUCGACCCUCGGGAGAUGCAGGACAGCGACGAGUUUUUGCGGCUUUUGUUGGAUUUCCUCGACGGCGAGUUGCGUGCAGUGGCUACAGGUGUUCCUCUUCAAGAGGCAUUGAUGCUACAGGCGAUGCCUAGGCGUCUAGAUAAGCGGACCCUCAGCAACAGCAGCAGCAGCAGUAGCAGCAGUAGCAGCAGUAGCAGCACCACAGGGGCCUGCUGGAGGCCCGCUCCAUGGGGCCCCAAGAAAACACCAGCAGCAUCAGAACGGAUAGAUGAGGCAGCAGCUUCCUCAGCAGACGCAUGCAAGCAGCGGGAAGGAGGUGCUGCAGGAUUUCAUGAUGCAGAAGGCCCGGCAGCAGCAACAGCAGCAGCACUGCAGGUGUACCCCGGCCCAUACGAAGAGGCAGCGCAGAACGAAUGGAGCAAAGGGAACCCCCCAUCCGCAGCUGCAACAGCAGCAGCAGCAGCAACAGCAGCAGCAGGGGGAGGGGGGGCGGAACAAGGAGAAGACCCACCUGGUUGUGGAGAGUUGCCUACUCUAUUUUCUGUUUUCUUUGAAGGCGCAGAAGUUGAUAAAGUACGAUGCACUAAAUGCGGCAGGUGUACGUCCACCUUAGUGCCGUUCAAGAGUUUGGCAGUGGCUAUGACGAGAGAAGCUCAAGAAGAGUCUUGUUAUCAUGCGAGUUUGAGACUGAAGCCUUCUUCCUUUUUGAAUUUGUUGUCGCCUGUGGAUCUCGUGGAGUGUCUAGACAGACACUUCGCUGAAGACUGCGAGUCUCUCAAGCUCUCUUCAGGAGAAGGGUAUUUCUGUGAGCACUGCAACUCCAAACAGGAUGCAGUAAAGAGCUGUUCACUGGUGGAGGGCCACUUGCCUUUUGUGUUGUGUUUGACGCUGAAGAGGUUUGUGAGAGGCAAACAAACCUACAAGAUUUGGAACCCGGUACACUUCGGCGACUACCUUGACCUGUCCAGCUACGUGGAGGGCAGCAGUGCUGCUGCUCCUGCUGCUGCUCCUCCUCCUCCCGCAGCAGCAGCAGCAUCGGUGGACCACUUGCCCGCGCCCACAUGCGUGAGUCCUGGCAAAGAGGUGCGUAAGGUGAGGUGCGCGUACACCUCGGAGGACAGGGAAGGAGGUGCGGCUGCGCCGGUUGACGCCUCCACCGCAGUGAACGCACCGGAGAGUGCAAAGGACUCGAAAGAAGAGGAAAUGGAGUCGGGACAAAUAGCAAUCAAUGAGCGCAGCGAUACGGCACAGCCAUCAGAUAGUGCUUCUGUUUCUGUUGCUAGCAAUUCUGAAACUGACGACGCAACAGCGGCAAAAGCAGAGGAUUCUAAACCCGGCUCUCCUCUAGGUGUACGUACACCUCAGGCUGUACGUACAUCUCAGGGAGCCCGGGUCUCGGGAUACGGCUAUACACUGGCGGCGUUGGUGGAGCAUGAAGGCCCUGCCACUGAACAGGGGCAUUACGUCUGCUACGUAAAGCACAUCGACUCAGACUGUUGGUUCAGAGCGGAUGAUAAAGUAGUGGAGCCCGUAGACCUGCAGCGGGUGCUCGCGGCCUCACCGUAUAUCCUUUUCUAUCAGCGACUUGCAGGAGGAACGACCGCACAAGAAACAAAAGAAACAAAGGAAGAAGAAACAGAGAAAGCAUCACCUGGGGCAGCAGCAUGCAAGGACGCAAAUGAGGAAGGGUGUUGUAAUGAAACAAGAACAGAGGACACAGAAAAGAAGGAAAAAGCAAAAAUGAAGGCUGAUGCAGAAACCAAUAAUAAUGCAAUUCAGCACCCUACGUUCAUCAGAGGAUGUGCUAGUCUACAGCAACAGCUUGCUGUUGCGAGGAGCCUCAGCAUGGGCCAGUGGCCCCAGUGGCAACACCUUAUCUCCCAUAAUUUUAAAUCUGCAAGUGCAACCAGUCGUGACAACACAGGUGUCAGGCCCGAUGCUGCAGGGCUUCAGCUGAACCCUCCUGCUGCUCCUUGGUCAUCAGGUUCUUAA